UGACUAAUUUUGAAAGAAGUUCUGCUGUGGGUAAAAUGCUAUCAAACAGCAUCACAUGUUGCAGAGAAAUCAUUCGUGAAAGAAAAAGUCAGUCGAUGGGUCACACUUCAUGAUCUUAAGAAAUUGCCACAGCCACCCCAACUUCAGCAGUGGCCACCCUGAUCAGUCAGCAGCCAUCAACAGUGACACAAAUGCUCCACCAGCAAAAAGAUUAUGUUCAUCUUAAUUUAUAAAGAUGACUGACAACAUAGGUUAAUGCCUUUGAAAGAAAAGUAGUGGUUCAGUUUCCCUAGAAAUGAGAGGCAUGGGACACAAUGCAGAGCCACAGAAGGAACACCUUGUGAUCAGGAAGAAGCAGAAGAAGCUAGAAGAGCCAGCCCUUAGAUUAUGGCCUUUAUUGGGGUUUGGCAGGACCAUGGUGGAGGGGUGAGGGCAAGGCAAUGCAGGGCAAACAACUGAGGAAUGGCUGGUUUGAAUAAUUCUGGCAAACUCUAAGCCAAAGAAUAGCUUCUAGUUACCUGGUCCUGGCUCCGGGAAGAUUAAAGUGAGAGAAUGUUAUCUCUUGGGGUGGACAGGCCAGAUAAAGGAAGUAGGUAGAGCUCUGAGGCAGUUAGCUUGUAUCAAAGGCAUGUUCCUGUCAGAGCCCUUUGCUAUUUCUAAGAAUUGGCUAGCCCUGAGAGGGUCAGUCUCUCCCCAGCCAGAACAUUUAUAUUUUUAAGAUGUAAAAACAUCUUUCAUAAUAGAAAAAUAAGUACACUUGCAAACAUACACAACAUUUUCUGUUACUUAUUUAUUUUCUUUUGGCCUUUUCUUAAGCACGUCUUAAUUUAAACUUUUGAUUCCUACCCUCCCCAGUCCCCGCCAUUUUCCCUACCAUCUUCCUCUCUAGUUCAGUUAAUGGCAUUGUCAUCAACUCAGGUACCCUGGCCUCAACACUGACACCCAGUCUUGACUCCUCUUAGUGCGUCACAAACUCCUGCAGAUUCUGCUUCUGACCACAUUUCACCCUCUCCAGUGUUACCUGCCUGUCUAAGCCAGCAUCGGGCUCACCUGGAUUACUGCUGCCAUCCCGUCUUCACUGCGUACUUCCACUCUUGCCCCCUCGAGAUAAAGUGUAAUCAGAUCCCAUCACUCCACUGAUGAAAGUCCUCCAAAGAUUUCCCAGCUGCAGUUACAGCAAAUCGCAGAUGUUUUGCCUCAGCCUUCAGUUGGGCAUGACCUCUUCCUCCAAGGCUGGUCUUCACAAACACUGAUCAACCGAUGGAUGACAUUGACAAUAAAACAAAGUCCUUGGAUCCAGUACCUCAUGCUGCUCCUAACCACAGAUGCCGUUUGAAUUCACCAGUUACAAUACCUGAUGACCCUCCAGAAUAGAAUUCCCAUUUUAUACCUGGGCCCCCAGCACCUACUGUCCCUCCUCUCGCAUACUACCCAGGAGGCUUGCUAAUGGGAUACUGCUGUCUACAUCAGCGCAGUGCCUUCCCCUUGUACCAGCCAACUGGUGGCAUCCAUUCUAUACAGCACCAGCCUGGCAGAUGUCCAGUGUGAAAUGAGCCUGCUCCAACAGCGUGGAUGCCAGAGCCAGUUCCUGUGCCAAACUGCCCUCCUGGUCUGGAAGACUUAGUAGCUCAGCUGGAAAUGCAGUGGCCUCCUGGUGUCACCGCUGGCUUUGCACUGGAGCACUGGAACCCGUGCAGGAUGCUUUAUAGCAUCCAAAGCAAGAAGAAAGAAAAAGUGAUGGGAGUGCGUGGGCCACGUUCAACCCAUGGCUGGGGUUCAGAUUCUGCUUUUGAGGUGGACAGAUUCACUGCUUCCAAACAGCCUAGAAGAGGAAUGUAUCCAAAGUCAAGGAUUUCGAUUUCUUUUUGCUUUUCUUUGUAGAUAUGGUAUAUUCACCUAACCCCUGGAGCUUAGUAGAGGUGGAAAAGUAUUAAUGUGGAAGAGAUGUGAAACUAAGAACUGAUAAUGAGAGUGAAUAGCAUCCCAUAACACAGAGGUGCAGUGGGAGCAAGUGGAGGCUAGUUGGGAAGCAGGCAGGAAUUAUUGCAUCAUUAAGGCCACGAGGGAAAUUUCUAUCACCUGUAUGCAACCCAGAGUCUCUUUUACCCAUGGCUUCCUACAUGUAAGACAGAGAGAACACAUGUUUCUGAAUCAGGUUUGUUAUUCCUGUUUUUUUAUACAUUAAAAAAAAUGUUUUUUUCAAUUUAAGUUUAGUGCUUUCAAAUGGAGGCAUUACCCCACUAUUUGUCCCUUAGUUUGAUUUCCAAGGAACCCAAAGAGAUGGCUCAGGAUACUUUUAAAAUAUCUGUUGAAUGAAAUGAUAACAGAAUACCAAUUUGAUGUGUGCUUCGACUCUCUUGUUUUAUUAGAA